UGUCCGGGCACCGCCUCGACGGCGGCUCCGCCGGACGCGCGGACUGGACCGCAGCCCGCACCCCGAGCGGACGGCGUCAUGAGGCACCUGCCGUACUUCUGCCACGGCCAGGUGGUGCGGGGCUUCGGUCGCGGCUCCAAGCAGCUGGGCAUCCCUACAGCUAACUUUCCUGAACAAGUAGUAGAUUAUCUUCCAACUGAUGUAUCCACUGGCAUAUAUUAUGGUUGGCCCAGUGUUGGAAGUGGAGACGUCCAUAACAUGGUGGUGAGCAUAGGAUGGAACCCAUACUACAAGAAUACAAAAAAGUCCAUGGAAACUCAUAUCAUGCAUACUUUCAAAGAGGACUUCUAUGGGGAAAUUCUCAACGUGGCCAUUGUCGGCUACCUCAGACCAGAAAAGAACUUUGAUUCUUUAGAGUCACUUAUUUCAGCAAUUCAAGGUGACAUUGAGGAAGCUAAGAAACGACUAGAUUUACCAGAACAUUUGAAACUCAAAGAAGACAAUUUCUUCCAGGUUCCUAAAAGCAAAGUAAUGAAUGGCCACUGAAGGAAAAGCAUCUUAUUUAUUCAUUCACUGUUUUCUAAUAUUUUACUGCUCAUAACUCUACAGUCUCAUCUUGGUUAUAUUUUAAAAAUCAAACAUUUUCCUACAGCUGUGAAUUAAACAGUACAAUGUAGUUAUCAUAUUAUGUUCCAACUGUUCAAUUAAACCCAUCAUGUUACAGUACUAAAAAGGUUCAUUUUAAAAAUCAAGAUUCUUUUUUAUGUAAUAUGUUGAUUAAAAUGUACUACUAGAAAGGUCUUAAGUGUUUUAUAAUGGAAAUGGAAUAUAUAUAAAUAUGGGUAACAGGCUAGUCACUAGUUUGAGAUGAGAACUAUAAUUCUCAUGGUAAAAUUCUAGCAUGCAUGUACCUGUAUAGCAUGCUCUGCUAAUCAGAAGGCUCAUAAAAGUAACUAUAUUAAGCAGAGGUUUGACAGUUUAUUACAAACCUAAGGGGAAAAAAUCCAGACUUCAUAUUUUUGAUAUUUUGUGCAUUUAUAUAUUAUUAUAGACAUGAAGACUUGUGAAAUUUCAUUUUAGUUAGUCAUUUCCUUUAAGGGCUCAAAUCAUUGUACUGUGUUCCAUUUUUGUUACAGCUGCCUCAGUUCUAAUUGGUCUAGACUCUCUCCAUAUUAUUUUUUUGUUUUUCUUUUAAAACAGUAAAAUAAGUGUUUUUCGAA